UACGAAACAUAAGAAAGAAACAAAACAAGCAAGGGUACCAUUUGUGGCAUUUUGCUGACAAAAUUUUUGCAACGGCGUUUGGUCCAGCAUGUCUCAGAAGAAACAGGCCAAAAUCAAGAUUCAUUAUCAACAACUUGCUGACCUGGAAGAAGAGAAGGAGCGUGUGGAGCGCUAUGUCAACAAUCCUUAUGGAAGCAGUGACAGCCAGAAAAUGAAGGACCUCAACGACUGGUUGAGAAAAGCAAAGAAUUUCAUUAAUGGUUCGGCAAAAAAAUUAAUAAGUCCUGAUGUUGGAGAACGACAUGUGAAGCACAAGUAUUCCUUUAAGCUGUGUCCUAAUUUCAACUCUCCUUGGAAUUGCGAGGAUAUUGGUGUACUUGUGCAAGAAGCUCGUAGAUUACUUGAGGACAUCUCACGAGGAGAUCAGAAUGGGGCAGUUAAUCGUUUCGAGUACUUUGAGUGGACAAAGAAUGUUUUGGACGGCAUUUUGGAGGCAGCUCAAUGUCCUAGCAUCAACACCAUAAGUGUGCACGGGGAGUCUGGUACGGGGAAGACCAUGCUCGUCAGAGCAGUGAAGAGAAUAGCGGAGGAACAAAAGUUAUUUGAUGCGGUUGUUAUGGCAUCUGUGAAGCAGAACCCCAGAAUCCAAGAUGAAAUUGCACGUGACUUGGGUGUUUCUAAUGAACUUACAUAUCAGGAAGCUUCCAAUCGAAGAAAGGAAAGAAAGCUAACAGAAAAGAGGGUCCUCUUGAUUUUGGACGAUGUUUGGGAGCCAGAAAUAUGUUGGAAGUUGCGUGAAAAACUUCCAUUGGAAGAUGAGAAUGAGAACAGGUUAUUAUCUUACAAAAUUUUGCUGACUACUACUAGAGAUAGCCGUGUUCUUUUUGAUUUAUCUGAAAUACAGUUUGAGAUUAAACCAUUAGAAGAAAAAGAAGCAUGGAUGCUGUUUGAGAAGAUAGCUACUUACCGAACUGAAAGUCGUCGUUUGCCAUUUUAUGCAAGAGAGAUUUGCAAGAAGUGUUAUGGUUUGCCCAUUGCUAUUGCAACACUUGCAAUGGCCUUAAAAGGUGGCAGACUAAAGCGGAAGACUAUUCUACAAGAGCUACAAAGCCAACGAAGCCUUCAUUCAUCUUUCUAUAAAAGUUAUGAUUGUUUGAAAAGCUUCGAACUCCAACAAACUUUCUUGCUUUGUAGUCUAAUGGGUCAUAAUGCAGCUAUUCAAGACUUGUUGAAAUAUACCAUAGGCUUGGAUUUAUUCCCAGGAGUCAAAUCUGUGGAGGAAGCUCGAGAUGCAUUACUGAAUUCAAUGACUAAACUCAAAGAUUCUUCUUUGUUGCUGGAUAGAGGUGGCAAUAUGCAUUUUGAUAUGCAUGAUCUUCUCAUGAUAUUUGCCAAAUCAAUUGCUUUUAGAGAAGUUGGACUAAACAACUGGGAGGAAAUGAAAAGCAUCAAAUGGGUUCAUUUAUCAAAUACUAGUGAGCUUCCAAUAGAUAAGUUUAACUGUCCGCAGCUCAUUUUCUUUCAUUUGUCUAAAGAGGAUCCUUCUAAACCAAUUCCACUAGACUUGUUUACAGGAACUGAAGGGCUCACAGGACUGGGUUUGACUAAAACUUGCUCACUGCCCCAGUCAAUUUCCCUUCCAAUUAAACUUCUUACCUUGCGUCUGGAUCAAAGUGUGUUGCGAGAUGUAGACAUGGGCACAAUUAUAAGAAAACUGAGGAAUUUGCAGGUCCUCAGCCUUGUGGGAUGUGAUCUCGAAGAGCUGCCAGUGCAAAUAAGGGAACUAACUAAGCUGAAGUUGUUAGAUUUGAGUGAUUGUACCAAACUCAAAGUAAUUCCACCAAAUGUCUUGUCAGGGUUGCCCAGAUUAGAAGAACUAUAUAUGAGAAAUAGCUUCGAUCAAUGGGCGGAGGGUGUUAAGGAGCGGCCAAAAGAAAUCGCUAGCCUUUCUGAGUUGAAGCAAUUAACGAACCUAAAAGUAAUAGAGGUACGAAUUAAUAUUUGCAAUAUCCAGAUGAUGGAAGAAGACUUGUUCUCUGAAAAUUUGGCAAGAUACAAGAUUUAUGAAGGAAAUGUGUGGCACUUCUGGGAUAGUUCCUAUGGAAGUUCAAAAAUAUUAAAGCUAAAGCUAGAUGCAAAAAUUAGUUUUGAGCAUCACUUUAAGAAGUUGCUAAAGAGGACAGAGGAACUACAUCUACAGGGGUUGAAUGGUGUCAAUAGUUUUGUCAAUGAGUUAGAUGAGGAAGGUUUUCAAGAAUUGAAGUAUCUCUGUAUACAAGAUGCUCAGAAUGUUCAACAUAUCAUUAACUCAAUGAGGCAUGAUGCUCAGAAUGCUGAUCAAGAUAGCAUUAACUCAAUGAAGCCUGCAUUUCCUGUACUGGAGGUGUUAGUUCUACAUAACUUGGAACAAAUGGAGAAGAUAUGUCAUGGUUUGGUUAAAGAAUCAUCUUUUAGCAAAUUAAGAAUGAUAACGGUUGAAUCUUGUAAUCAACUAAAGAAUUUGUUCUCCUCCUCUAUAGCCAGACGAAAUUUUCUCCAACUCCAGGAAAUUAGAGUGCUAAAGUGCAGCGACUUGGAAGAGAUUGUUGAUGACGACGAGCAAGGGGGUGAAAAAGAUGUCUUGAAGGAACUAUGCUCCUUGAGAUUAGAAGAUCUACCAAAGUUGAUUGCCUUCAACUGUAAUUGCAAGAGAAUGACACUUUUCCAAGAACAGGUUGCAUCUUUCAGUGCUGGUAAACUGAUGAAAUUGAUCAUUAAGGGGUGUGAUAAUUUGAAAUGCAUUUUCUCAUCUUCUAUGGCUCGAGAUCUGAAAAUGCUGAAACACCUUGAAAUAAGGAAAUGCAGCAGUAUGAAAGAGGUCAUUUUAAAAGAUAAUAAUGUAGAAGAAAAGAUGAUUUUCCCUCAGUUGAACAUUCUGCAGAUAGAAGACCUUGAAGACCUUGUCAAUUUCUACUCAGGAAAUUGUAUUGAAUUCAAAUCAUUGAGGAAACUGCAAGUGUUGAACUGCCCAAAAUUGGAGGGAUUCAUUGCAAACACACAAACACUCUUUAAUGAACAGGUCGAGUUUCCCAAGUUGGACUUUUUGAGGCUGUCUUCAAUUAACACUAAGCAAAUUUGGCACAUUUCGAGUAAGCAAAUCAUGUCUUUUGAAAACUUAAAGAACUUGUUUGUGGAGGGUUGUGGUAAUUUGGAGUAUCUAUUGACCUCCUCUAUGGUCAAGAGUUUUAAACAACUCAUGGUGCUCAAGAUUUCUGACUGCAAGAUGAUGGAAGAGGUAAUAAAGGUAGAAGAAAGGAUGUGCGAGAUUUCCUUUCCUGAGCUGGACACUCUAGAACUUGAAGAACUUCCCAAACUCACAAGAUUCUAUCUUGCAAACUCCAACGCUACAAUAAGCGAGUGCCUUCCUGCUGCCAGUAUUGAAAAUGUAGAAAAUACUUUUACAACAUCUCUCUUUCAUGAAAAGGUUGGGUUUCCCAAGUUGAAGUUUUUAAGCUUGUCUUCAAUUGACAAUUUGAAAUAUCUGUUCAUGUCUUCUAUGGUUAAGAGUUUCAAGCAACUCAUGGUGCUCAAGAUUUGUGACUGUAAGAUGAUGGAACAGGUAAUCGUCUCAAAUGAAGUAGUAGAAGAAAUGAUGUGUGAGAGUUUCUUCUCUAAACUGGACACCCUAGAACUUGAAGACCUUCCCAAACUUGUGAGAUUGUGUCAUGGAAAUUACUCUAAAUUUAAAUUCUCCAUGCUUAGACGGUUCACCAUAAGCAAGUGUGCUGUGUUGAAGACCCUUAUAGGAAACAAUGCCGUCAGUUCUGAAAAUGUGAAAAAUACUUAUACACCAUCCCUCUUUGAUGAAAAGGUGGAACUCCCUAGAUUAGAGCAGGUGAUAAUCAAGUUUAUGGGGAAUUGGUCCAAGAUAUGGGACGACAAACAUGAUGUGAAUUCUUGUUCCCAACUAAAUUCUCUUACCGUGGAUUCAUGUGAAAACCUGUUGAACAUUUUCCCAUUUAGUAUGCUGGAAAGAGUACGCCAGAAGCUAGACACACUGAAGAUACAGAAUUGUGAUUCACUAGAAGAGAUAUUUGGUGCUAGCCAACCACAAGCUCAGAUAACCACUCAGCCAACUAAUUUGGUGGAAAUUGUCCCAAUGUUUCUCUUUCCAGAAUUGACACACAUAAAUCUUUCUAAGCUACCCAAACUGAAAGGCUUCAUCCCUCAAAUUCAUAUUAAUGAAUGGCCAUCAUUGAAACAAUUACAAGUGCACGGAUGUGAUGAAGUUCAGAUAUUUGCUUCAGAACUCCCAAGUUUUCUAGGAAUAAAUGAAGAUGACAAACUUCAGAUUCAGUUGAUAAGCAAGGGUAGCUGUGACUUGAUAUAAAUUUCCUUUCUGCUAGUAGUCCUGAAUUUAUGUCUAUACAGCAGUAACUACAAAAGAUUAUUGCUUAUAGAAAUUUUACAAAACUCAACGGAUGUGACCUAGGUAUUCAUUGCUUCUUUUCCUGGACUAUGCUUGUCAGAGGAUUAUCUUCUUGUUUGGGAAUAUAAAUAAUUAAUGAUG